UUGAAAAUUAAUAAUAGAUUAUUAAAUUUUGUUAAUGGGAUGUUGGUGACAUUGCCAUCUAGAAAAACUUUAACAUUAAGAUGAAAUUUUGGUAGUAUAUUGGGUAUAGUUUUAAUCUUUCAGAUUUUAACAGGUACAUUUUUAGCAUUUUAUUAUACGCCCGAUAGGUUAAUAGCAUUUUCAACAGUGCAGUAUAUUAUGUAUGAGGUAAAUUUUGGAUGAGUAUUUCGAAUUUUUCAUUUUAAUGGGGCCAGGUUAUUUUUUAUUUUUUUGUAUUUACAUAUUUUUAAAGGGUUAUUUUUUAUAAGAUAUCGUUUAAAAAAAGUAUGAAUGUCUGGUUUAACAAUUUAUUUAUUAGUAAUAAUAGAAGCUUUUAUAGGUUAUGUUUUAGUUUGAGCUCAAAUAAGAUUUUGAGCAGCAGUAGUUAUUACUAGACUUUUAAGAGUUAUUCCAAUUUGAGGGCCAACUAUUGUUACUUGAAUUUGAAGAGGUUUUGGUGUUACAGGGGCAACAUUAAAAUUCUUUUUUGUAUUACAUUUUUUAUUGCCGUGAGCUAUUCUAGUUAUUGUAUUGGGGCAUUUAAUUUUUUUACACAGAACUGGUAGAACAUCUAGGUUAUAUUGCCACGGUGAUUAUGAUAAAGUUUGUUUUAGACCUGAGUACUUAGGUAAAGAUGCUUAUAAUAUUGUUAUUUGAUUAUUAUUUAUUGUGUUAAGGUUGAUUUACCCGUUUAAUUUAGGUGAUGCAGAGAUGUUUAUUGAAGCUGACCCUAUAAUGAGGCCAGUUCAUAUUGUUCCAGAGUGAUAUUUUUUAUUUGCUUAUGCAAUUUUGCGUGCUAUUCCAAAUAAAGUCUUAGGGGUAAUUGCUUUAUUAAUAAGGAUCGUAACAUUUUAUUUUUUUGCUUUAGUUAAUAAUUAUACCUCUUGUUUAACCAAAUUAAAUAAAUUUUUAGUAUUUAUAUUUAUUAUCUCAUCUACUAUUUUAAGAUGACUAGGUCAAUGCACUGUAGAAGACCCUUUUACAAUUUUAAGACCUUUAUUUUCUUUUAUUUAUUUUGGUUUAGCUUAUUUAAUAUUGUUUAUUUUUAUAAGAAGUAAAUUGUUAUUUAAAUAA